AAUUUUACAGUUUCGGUUGACAAAAAUCGCAAGAUAGUCACUUUAAAACGGUUGUUUUAACAUAGAAGUUUACAAGAAUUCUACCACAACUUCAAAGAUUGCCAAUAAAAAUGAUUCGUUUUUGUGUUUUUGUAUCAUAUGUAAUUCUACAUGUUAGAGCAGAUGACCUUGCGGACUAUAAGAAUCAUGUUGCCAUCACAAACAAAUAUAUCAAGCUUGCAGGAGGAGAAAAAAUGUCUUUGCUGUUUGCUGCACCGGACAUGGAAAUCAAGGAAAACGAACUGCAGCAACGCAUUGGUUAUGAAACUAAAUUGCAAAGCGAAAUACUCGAAAUCUUAAAAAUUAAUUAUACUGACAUUGAACAAAAAAGUUGUGAGUUUCCAGCACUUGGACAUGCGAGAAGAGUUCUAACUUUAAAAGCUGUAAAGAUUGCAAUCCGAAUCUAUGCUGUACCACCUUUUUUGAGUGCUAAAAUAAUAGAAAUGCCUUCUUCUGAAAGUAAGAAUGAAAUGUUGAAACGGUUUAACCGGAUGUGUCGUUUAAGAGGAUUGGGCAGUAGUAUAGAACUACCAAAAUUGUUUAUAAAACAAGCUCUAGUUGAAGGUGAAGAUAAUAAUUGUUGUCUAACUGAUUGUCACGACGGUCUUGUGUUAUUCAAUUGGAAGGGGAUAGCUUAUUAGUUUAGUCAAUAAACAUCAUUAAUAUAGUAAAAAGUAUUCACUUGCUUCUCAGCUAUUUUAAUUUAUACUAGAAA